ACUCGCUCCCACUGACAUGUCGCUGCUCCGGUUCAGUCUGCUGGUGACGAAAGAGUCACCGGCGAGUUUUCUGCAGCACAGAAGCCGUUAAAGUUGGGAAAACGUUAAGUAUAAUCACGGCUCUCCUCAAACCGACUCCACUAUGAAUGAACUGUGACGUAAUUUGACCUGCUGGAGGUCGUUUCCUUGUUCCGCGUGCCUGCGGUGAGCAUCCUCCCCCGACCACAGACUGUUUACAAUUCUGAAAGAAAAGCUAAUUUAUUUAUCUAAGAACACAGUUUUGCUACUCACCAUGUUAUGACUAUAAAAAAAAGUUGUUUUUAAAAGGAAGUGGUGGAGAAAUUGCAUGAAUGAACAUAAGUUUGAGCUAUAUACCGGAGCUGUGUCUUUAUUGUUUGCUCCACCAACACACUUGUACUUCAGUUAAAAAUCAAAUCUGCUUAAGACUGAACUUAAUUGCAAAAUGUAUAGAUGGAGUAGUGAUAUGUAUUUUUUUCUUCCUCUGAAGGUAAACUGGACAGUGCUUCGAGAAGAAUACAGGACUUGGAGCUUAAAGUCAUAUUCCUGGAAAUGGAACUGGAGCAGAUUAAAGUUGGUGUGCAGCCCCUCAUAUACCAGUACUGUGUCACAGAUGAGGACUUUAGAUUUUACACAAGAUUCGCCUCAAAGGAGGUUUUUAAUGUGUUUAGGGAGUCCAUUAAGCCAUCUGCUUCAAAAAUUGUGUACUGGUCCAAGGCCCAGCAAACAUCCCAAGAUCUUCCUACCUGUAUCCCUUGUCACAAACUCCCACUCAUUGAUGAGUUCUUCAUGGUUCUCUGUUGUGUUGCUGCUGGACUGCUGGAACAUUGUCAUCGAUCUUUAAGGUUAGCCAGUCCACAGUUUGUCACAUCAUCUUGAUUUGGAUGAGCUACCUGUUUCUUGUUCUUGGGUCCAUACCACUGUGAAUGACAAGACAGCCAGUACAAUCUACAAUGCCUGACAAGUUCAACCUGUACUGCACUGAAGUCAGAGUAAUAAUAGACUGCACACAGAUAUGCUGCAAAACGCCUUCCUCCCUCUCACUCCAGUCAGAAAUCUUCUCCCUCUAGAAAAACCACACCACCUUUGAGGGGUUGAUAGGGAUCUCUCCAUGUGAGGUGGUCACAUUUGUUUCAAAACUGUAUACAGGCUCAAUCGCGGACAGAGAAAUAACUCGUAAAUCACAGCUGUUACAGUUGCUGGAGCUCGGAGACGGAGUAAUGGCAGACAAGGGCUUUUUAAUUGAGAAGAUGCUUUCUGAAGGGGGUUAACACUCAUCAUACCAACACUUAAGAAAUCCGCUCAGCUUAGCACGGAAGACACGCUGAAGGAGGACACGAGGCAAUACACGAGGCAAACAUUAAUAUCUCACCUGUGUCCUUGGCCGGUGCCAGGUUUGGAGAGAGCUGGUGCAUGCCAGAGGUAAUAGCACUGACUUUACUUCUAAGGUGCUGUAUAGGUAAAUCCCCAAAAUUCGAAUAUUGUGGAAUUAUAAUGAUUUUCUCUCCAUAAUAUAUGUAUUUUUAGUGAACAUUUACAUAUAGUAGGUAUGAAAAACAAACAAACAGAAAAAACAUUUUGUGGCAUACCUGUAGUGUGCCGUCUGAAACAGAAGCGCCACUAUGUGGUUGCGUUACACCUGCCCAGCACUGCAAGAGCACCAAGUGCCAUUUAGUUCCACUGGAACUUUUUCAGAAUGAGAUGUCACCUGUUGAUAGGGAAAUAACAAUGAGUGUUAAUGAUAUACAUGGACUGCUAAGCCAAGGACUGGGCAGAACAUACCAAAUACAUGUAUUUUGAUCAAACAGAAUCUCUCAGUUUCCAUUUGUCUACCCAAAAUAACAUCUUUAGUAGUUAGUAGUUUAGUAAAACCACUCCUGCAACCGCAGGAAAUCAGUCUGCAACAGCAGCAGGAUAACAACUAUUCAUUUUGAGAAACCUGAAGUGAGUGAGCUUCCUCGUUUUUUCUCGUGGAGCAGUGACUUCGUCCUCUAACCGUCACAGCAUGGUCAACUACAUUAGAGACUGUGUUCCAUUGUUUGGGAAGAAGUGUUCAAGAUUAAGUAUGCAUAUUACUGACUUAUGUUCUAUGUAUUGAUUAUGUAGUUCUCAAAGUGGGGUCCUUGAAUGGGUUAUCCAACAUCAAUAAGUAUAGCAUCAAAAUCAGUUUAACCACUAUAAAUCUCAUGUCAGAAUUGUGAGCUUGUAGAUUUGCAAUUCGUUGGAAAAAAAAAAAAAGGUAAUUAAAAUGCAGCAAUAGUGAACUAUCUGGACUUAUGACAAGUUUUCACACAAAUCAUCUUCUUCUCCUCACAGGGUCUCAGGCUCAAACAUAUUCAAAUCGGGGUCCACAGCCUAAUAGCUAUCAAUUUGCGAACCAUUGCUGUUGCAGAAAGCACCAAGGUUUUUGCAGGUGAUGAUAUUUACUAACAAAGACAAAAGCACUUUACCUUCAUAAUCAAACAGGUACUGUUCAUUGAAGAACUUGUAGCCCUUGUCCUGUUUGGAACGUGGUGUGUGUGAAAACUCAGUCACAAUCCUUUCAACAUCAUUAAAGCGCAUUUACGGCAGAUGGACAAGAGACUUUGUGAAUUCCAUACUCUGAAAAGAACAAGAAUUAUAUUGAAAUAAUAUGUAGAAAUGUCUCAGUCUCCAAAAAACUCUUUUCCUGUUUGUUCUUUCUGUCUUGAAUAAGGGCAGGAAUUGUUCUUGGAGAUUUCGGACACAUCUGUGAUGUGAUGACAGACAGACAGCAGCGGCAGCACUAGCAGAGAUUCCCAGCCAAAUUUAAGAUAAUUUCUGAAUGGUAAAGUAUAAAUGAUUGAUUUAAAAAUCAAGUAAAGGAAUAGUGAACAGAAAACAGAGUACAUGUUUACGUUACCUUUUGAACUUAUAGACUGGAUUUGUGUCUAGUCUGAUUCUGCAUAGAGUUGACAUGGAGAUGUGGCCAUGGAUACACUGCAAUUGCUGAUCCAGAUGUAAUCCGGAAGUCGAGUGACGUCAGUGUGAAUUCCCUCUAUUGAUUAUUGCUUAUGGUUGUGAAACGUCAUCGUCUGUCAGGUUAGGGUUAGGAUUAUGGUUUGGGUUAGGGUAAGGAGAUUCAGAAGUGCGAUAGUGUUAUGUAAUGUUCUGUUUGAUGUACAGAGCCGACAGCACGUGUUUGGCUUUUAUAUAUGUAUAUAUACGUAUAUAUAUAUAUAUAUAUAUAUAUAUAUAUAUAUAUAUAUAUAUAUAUGGAUUGACAGAAUACUGGCUGUAAACUGCUGUUUAUGUCUUCCCAGUAUGGUGUACCGCUUCGUACCGGCUUACUUUCACCCCUGGGUCGGAAGAAAUGAUGGUCAAUUGUUGGAAAACCACAGAACUGCAAGCACUUAAAGAAAGGUGAUUGUUAAAUUAUUAAACUUCUGCACCAUCCUUUUAAAAAAAGACAAAACUACCACUAAUGUAGAGCUCACUCAAUGAUGCCACAGCUCUGCUAGACCAGACCACACCACCAAAGUCUCUUGUUAGAGAGUAUAACAACCAAAUGAGAAGUGGAGCUAAAGAAGUAGUCUGUGUUUCCUUUAUGUUGUAUUUGACCUUGUAAAGGAACCUUUUUUGUAAGAUAAAUGGUUCGGGAAGGGGAAUGCAUGGUACCGAUUUAUUUUGAAAGUGGUGCUUUUAUCUUGAAGGUCAGGGUUUGCUUUGCACGCCUAGUAGACCGGAAGUGGGAAGUGCAGUUGAAAAGUUUGUACGACGACUGGAAGCUUUAUUCGGUGCGUACUCGCCAUAGACUAGUAUAUACAGUCUAUGGCACUCGCCCUAUCUGUUGCCAGAGUUAAACUGUGACAGCCAAGUCAUACAGAUAUAUUUCAAAUGUUUUCACAGUGCGGAUUCAGCGGUGAUUGAAAAUGAAUUUGUGCUUUUCAUGGCUAUCAGUGUUCAUUAUUCAUUAAACACAAUAGGUGGUGUUGUGUGUUGGAAGUGCAGUGCUCGGGUGACAGUACAGCAUUUUUUUGGGGGGUGGGGGGUGGAGGAAGUAAUCAUUUUUUCUCUUAAACUACUCUUACUAUUUCUACUACUACUACUACUACUACUACUACUACAACUUAUUCAUUACUUCUACUGCAAUUAACUUAGCCUAUGUUUUCAACGACUACCACUGCUGAUUCUAUUAUAAACUCUGCUGCGAAAAAACACUACCACCUAAUAAACCCCUCAAAGCGCUGCGUUUGCGUCGUGUUUUUAUUUUGAAAAACGACACGCAAAAUGAACCAGUGACGUUUCCUGUGUAAUGCGAGACGUCGUUUGUAAUUGGUCACGUGAUUUUCAGCAAACUGAUGCAAGACACGCCCCCUUCAACUCGGUAGUCUAAACUUCCCAUCACUAACUUUCUACUGUACUCUACUUUCUACUCCAGCUUGUGAGGGAACAAGGUACGAAUUUGAUAUAAUUUUGGUUUGACGGGUGCUGGCGUUGUGUGUAUUUUUCCAUUUAUGUGUCAUGAAAUGUGUGUUCUGGUCAUGUUGUGGGUGCUGGUGUGUGUAUGUGUGUAACCCCAACCCACCUCUCAGAAAGCACUCAGCUUUCAGGGAGACUCCACGUUAACUAGGGUUGUGCCAUAAACUGAAUCUCAGUGUUAUGUGAUACAUGGGUUCAAUGUUUUUUUUUUUUUUUUUAGUAUUUCCUUUUUAUGAAAUACUUUGUCUUUUACGUGAUUAUGGUGUAGAUUUUCUUCUUGGUUUAUGUCAGCUGAAUAUUAUCAAUUUAUUAUUAUUUUUUCAUGAAUAUUAUCAAUUUAUUAAUUUUUCUUUUUGCCUUUUUUCCUUUGCUCAGCUCUUACGGUGUGUUUUGUCUCGAACUGCUGCCACCUUUUAAAAAAAUAUUGAAAAAGUGAAGUCGAACCAUCUGUUUAAAGAGUCCUCAAUUGCUCUAGCUGGGUUGGGUACAGACCUGGAAAAACUUAAUGAGGCCAAAAGUAAGAUCAGUAAAACUCCUAACACUUUAUCAAUAUUGACAUCUUGUGACAGAAUAAUGUAACUGCAGCCUUGAGUUUUCCGAGUCACUUUAAAAACCCCUGCAAAUACUAGUUUUUGUGGUGGAAGAAAUGGGUGGGUGAAAUAAACAAACAUUCUCAUUAUGUUUGGAGUGUCACAUUGUAUCUGUGUAAUUACUCUGAAAUGAAACAGAUUUAUAAAGGAAGAUUUAUAUUAUCCAGUGUCCUGGGACCAGAUAAGACCCCUUUCCUGCAACAAAUGUGUGUUGUCUUGAUGCUACAAUCAAUCAACUGGACUUAAUUUUUUUACACUAUAAUGCUUUACACAAACAAAUCAUCCAAAGCAUCCAAAACCUGAAUCAUCAAAGUAUUAAGACAAGCAGACAAGUAAAAAUAAGAAAUAGAAUAAUAUCAAUUAAAUCUACAGUGGAUAUAAAAAGUCGACACACCCCUGUUCAACUGCCAGGUUAUAAUGAUGUGAGAAAAUGACGGCAAGAUAAAUAUUUUCACAACUUUUUCCGCCCUUAAUGUGACCUAAAACCUGUAAAAUGCAAUUGAAAAACAAACUGAAACCUUUAAGGGGAAAAAUUAAAAAUAGAAAAGUUAAAAUAACCUGGUUGCAUAAAUAUGCACACCCUUAAACUAAUACUUUGUUGCAGCACCUUUGGCUUUUAUUACAGCACUCAGUCUUUUUGGGUAGGAGCCUAUCAGCAUGGCACAUCUUGAUGUGGCAAUAUUUGCCUAUUCUUCUUUGUAAAACCGCUCCAAAUCUGACAGAUUGCGAGGGCAUCUCCUAUGCACAGCCCUCUUCAGAUCACCCCACAAAUGUUCGAUGGGAUUCAGGUCUGGGCUCUGACUGGGCCAUUCCAAAGUCUCAAUCUUAUUCCUCUGAAGCCAUUCUUUUGUUGAUUUAGAUGUGUGCUUUGGGUCAUUGUCAUGCUGAAAGAUAAGGUUCCUCUUCAUCUUCAGCUUUCUAAAAGAAGGCCGCAGGUUUUGUGCCAACACUGACUGUUAUUUGGAACUGUUCAUAAUUCCUUCCACCCUGACUAUGGCACCAGUUCCAGCUGAAGAAAAACAGCCCCAAAGCAUGAUGCUGCCACCACCAUGCUUCACUGUAGGUAUGGUGUUCUUUUGGUGAUGAGCAGUGUUGAUUUUGUGCCAAAUUUACCUUUUGCUAUGAUGCCCAAAAUGUUCAACUUUGGUUUCAUUAGACCAUAACACAUUUUCCCAUGUGUUUGGGAGAUUUCAGAUGUCUUUUUGCAAAAUUAAGCCAGGCUUUGAUGUUUUUCUUUGUAAGAUGAGGCUUGCAUCUUGCCACCCUACCCCAUAGCCCAGACAUAUGAAGAAGACAGGAGAUUGUUGUCUCAUCUACUACACAGCCAGUACUUGCCAGAGAUUCCUGCAGCUCCCUCAGUGUUGCUGUUGGCCUCUUGGCAGCCUCCCUGACCAGUUUUCGUAUCGUCUUGUCAUCAAUUUUGGACGGACGUCCUGUUCUUGGUAAUGUCACCGUUGUGCCAUAUUUUCUCCACUUGAUAAUGACGGUCUUCACUGUGUUCCAUGGAUAUUUAAUUCCAUGUAAACUCUUUUGUAUCCCUCACCUGACUGAUAUCUUUAAUUAAUGAGAUUCCUCUGAUGCUUUGGAAGCUAUCUGGGGACCAUAGCUUGUGCUAAAAGAUGUGGCUACAAAAAUGUCAGGAAAAGCAACUAGAACAGCAGAACUUUAUUUGGGGUUGAUCAGAGGCACUUUAAUUGGUGACAGGUGUGUGCUGACUCCAAUUUAACCUGAGUUUGAAUUUUAUUGGUUAAAUCUGAACACAGCCACAUCCCCAGUUAUUGAAAGGUGUGCACACUUAUGCAACCACAUGAUCUCAGUUGUUUAUUUUAACUUCAACUCCCUGAAAGAUUUCAGUUUAAUUUUAAAUUGUGUUGUACAGGUUAUAGGUCACAUUAAAGGUGGAAGAAGUUGUGAAUUUAUUUAUCUUGAUGUAAUUUUUUUACAUGACAAAAACUUUGCAUUUGAACAGGGGUGUGUAGACUUUUUAUAUCCACUGUAUAUAUAUAUAUAUAUAUAUAUAUAUAUAUAUAUAUAUAUAUAUAUAUAUAUAUAUACUAAAUAAAUAAAUUUAUUUAAUGUUUAUAUAUUUUUAAAUAUAUAUAAAGAUAUAUAAACAUGUUAAAAAUAAAUUAAUAAAUUGAUCAAUGAAAUUUAAACAUUGUAUAAUGACUGAAGAAGUGCGAGAUCGCAAUGAGGAAACGCCAGAGGUCAGACUAAAAUGUUUAAAUUGCAGAUUGAGAAAAUACACAAAUAAAAUGCCAUAAUAAAUAGAACAAUAAGACACUAAAAUCUAAACUGACAAUUAACACAUAUAAAAAGGUACCAGACAAGAAAGUCAGACAAAAUAAUAAUAAUGUAGUCUAAGAAUAGAAUACAAAUCAGUAUGAAAUAUUAAAACUUUUAAAUAUAUAAAUAAGUAAACAGUAAAGUCAGUUAUAAGCUUAACUAAAGAGGUAGGUCUUGAGUUUGCUUUUGAAAAUAUGGAGACUCUGUGCCAUCCUCGAUCAUGCUCCUCACUGGAAACAUUUGAGAGUGCGUCGUCUCUGUGAGGUGAAACAAAAUUUAAAUCCAUUCAGAUUCUAUCAGCAAAUUUAGCCACUCACUGUGGGGUGACCUGCAUGAUGGAUCAAUAUUUGAAAAUCUGCCUGGAGGCUUUAUCAGCCCAAAAGUUUACUUGGGUGCAGAACUGUUUGCAUGGGUAAAGUGCAAAGUUGCAGAAUUGGUGUGACCGUGUUUUGCCUACACAGGAUCGAUUUCUGGAAGCAUUUAAGUACAGCCCACUCGUCUUGGCUCCGUCUCAGAGGAAAAUAACAGAGAGCAGAAAUGCUUUAAAUAUCCUUACAAAAUUAGAAGUAAAAGAUAUUAACUCAAAACAGCUCAAGAAUACUAUUUACAGGAAUGUUCAGCUGUUUUAAUGUCAUUAACAGUCGUGUUAGACCUGCUUUUAGGGUUAGGGGUUAGAAAUAUAAAAAUAAAAAUGGACUAACCUAUUGAAAGGAGCUGUUGAUCACUCUUCUGCAAAAACCUGUGAAUUAUAUUUCAUAUUUGUUAAAACGUAGAUUGCAGGUGAACUAAAUAUUUCUACAGGAAAUAUGCAAAAUGAGGAGUUCAUUCAAUUUUGUUGAACCUUGAACACAUAAUUCAUGAAUGUUGACACUGGUAGAAAAGAGAAAUCAAACAGAGGACUUGCCUGGUGUGUUUGUGUUUAUGUGGGUGUGUGCAGGGGCUGGAUUUCUGUUUUGGGCUCUAUGUAACCAGUGUUCUAUCUGAGGCUCUUUGCUAUCAGUCAUGGAUCAUCCUGGGACCCGGGUGUUGACAUGGACCCUCAUUUGUGUCUUCUUGAGCUGGAUGAGUGUCACUCAAGCAGCGCCAGGAAUGUAAGUUCUCCCUUUAUGAAGGAUUUAUAGGUGUGUGUGUUUGUAACACAGAGGUCCCAAAGAGACCACUUUACUGUUUGUUGAUUACUGUAAUCUGACUAACCAGCCAGUUCAAAGGUAGGAAAAUAGUUAGAAAUCAGUUGAAAUUGAGCACAAUUUAUUCAAUUUGGCUCUAGUAAAAUCUAGUAAAUGUUGUCAGUGCGAUGAUAUUUAACCAUACAGUUAACCAAAGGCAAAUCCUAGUUAACAUUGAGUAUCUUUUUGGUGCUUGAUCCUGAAGUUUCAAUCAGUUUUCUUUUCUUCUGUUUGUGUGUCGAUUUCUCUCCCUCUCUGUGUAUAGGCAUUACAUGGUGACCUUCCCUGCAGUUCUUGAAGCCGGAGCCGAAACCCAAAUCUGUGGAAGUGUCCUAAUGCCCAACGAAAGCGUGCGCUUGACUGUCACUUUACGGACGGAAAAAGAGAACAAAACCCUGAUUAAAGACAUGUCCACUGUGACAUUUCACAGCUACACUAAAUUUAAGGUCAGACAUUUUUCACCUUCUCUGUUAACAAACUUCAAAGAUGUGAAACCACAGAAAACUCAAACACAGAAUAGCCUUCAAUCCAAACAGUGGCCAGCAGACAGUAAAUGACUUAAAAGUAACAAAAUAGUUUGAAUCCAAUUUUUCUUUCCUGUUUUUUUGUAAACUGGAUUAAACAUAAAUGUAGUCUCAGCGAUGUCCCUCAUUGACCUCUAAAGAUGUGGCCCAGAAACAGUCACCAAAUCAGAACUGGUGAGUCAACCUAACUAUCCUCCUCCUCAGCUCAACUUUAUUUGUUAAGCACUUUAAAACAACCACAGCUGAACAAAGUGCUGUACAUAACUAGACAAAACAACAAGAUAAAAAACAAUCAAAAAACAAUUAAAACAAUGGAUAAAAUAAAAGCAGAAUUAAAAGUAAAAUAUAGUUUCAAUGUUUUUAAAAACUAAUUUAAAAACAUAGAAACAAAUAACUAAAAACAAACCAUAAAACACUAAAAAAGGAGCCGAGUCUCAUGGAGGGUUAAAAGCCAAUGAAUAAAAAUGGGUUUUAAGACGACUUUUAAAAAUGGACAGUGUGGGGGCUUGUCUAAUUUGGAGGGGUAGCUCGUUCCAUAAAUUUGGGGCUGCAACAGAAAAAGAUCUAUCCCCUCUGAGCUUCCGUUUGGACCUCGGUACCUCCAGGAGCAGCUGAUCAGCUGACCUGAGGCACCGAGCUGGGGUGUAGGGGUGGAGAAGCUCAGAGAGGUAAGAAGGAGCCAGGCCAUUUAAAGAUUUAUGAGCAAAGAGGUGAAGCCAAGGCGGGCCUUACGCUUGGCGCACUUACUGGUCAACUCAGCAUGCAGAUUCUUGAGCCUAAAUAAGUGACUUACAGAAAAUCACCCCCAAAAUGAAGCAAUGAGCUUCUAAGACCAGAACAGAUUUACAGUAAGAGGCCGUAAACAUUAAUUCCUGCUGUAAAAUGAGCAUUUCGAUGACCUCUUUGUCUUUUGCGGCUCAACUCAAUGGAAACUGUGAGAACUGCACUAGCUAAAAACUACAGACAGAACUAUGACUUAGCAUAAAAUCAACAGCCUCCUCUUAACAGUAGAGGACACUUUCUGCCCUUUACCUCUCUUGUUUGAUGACAUUAUGUCUUUUACACUUGUCGCUAAAUAGAGGUGUGCAAACAUGACAGCAAGAGCAGAUUUUGCCAGUUUUUCCCACACACAGACACCAAGUUUACAUCAAGAUUUUCCUCUGUCUGCUGUUUAACAGACACUUGUCUUUGACCCAGGUUCCAUUAGCACACAAUGAAGUGGCAGAGCUGGAGGUGGAUGUCCAAGGACAAACGUUUCACAGAAAAGAAAUCAAAAAAGUCAUGAUCAAAACCUACCAGCCGAUGACAUUCAUCCAAACAGAUAAACCGAUCUACCUCCCCGGACAAACAGGUAACCUUAUGGGAUGAUUCAACCAGAUGCCUUCAAGGUGUCUCUGCACAGCUCAUGAUGCACCAAUUCACUUCUGUAUGAAAAGUAAAAUGGGCUAAAGUUGCAUAUUUAAGUAUAACUUAACUGGUUGCUGCAAAAAGCAUUUAGGAAAAUAAGGCAACAACCAUCAUUUUCGUCACACUUUCAACAACACUAAAAUGAACAAAUGAUGAAAGCUGAAAAAAAGGAUUAAAGCUGAGGAUGCAGCUGGAAUUUAGGUCUAUGUUGUUCACCUGGCUCCACCCUCUUUAUGGGUGUGUAAUUUUGAUUGUGGUGAUGUGUCUGAGAAUCAGGAUAUAAGAAACAAGAUUCAAGUCUUUAGUUUCAUUGUGCAACACAAUGAAAUAAUGAAGCUUCCCCCCGAGCAGCAUAGGUGCAAACAAAGACAGAAAGUAGGUUUAGAGUCAAAUUGGAAUAAAUAAGAUAUAAACAAAAAAGAAAAGGGGAAAUUUUGUUUAUAGGGAUUAAAUAGGUGUGUAUUUACAGAACUGAAUAAAACAAGGAGAAAAAAAUAAUAAUACAGAGCAGCAACUUCAUUUGAUCUUUGUCUCUUUCUCUUUCUCUCUUUCUCUCUCUCUCUCUCUCUCUCUGUCUCUCUCUCUCAGUAAAUUUCAGAGUCGUCACCAUUGACACCAAGUUCAGACCUGCCAGCCUGCUGGUGAGUAUUUCAACAUCUCCUCCUGCCCUUUUGCAGUAUAUUUGAUUUCUGAUCGCAUUGUGAUUGCACUGUUGUUCACUCAUAAAGAAAAAAAAAACAAUAAAAAAGUUGUUCACAAAAAUUAAAACAUCCCUUCCUGUCUCCCAGCUCUCAUUUACACCAUUUAAACCCCUGUCACUAUUAAUCCAUGUAUGUUUGAAUGCAUCCAAAACUCUAUUAUUAAUUAAGUGUGUCACUUUGAUGACUUCUGAUGAUCUAACUUGGCUGUUGUGGCCAAAUGUAUAAAAAGUUACAGCUCUUUAAACCAGAGGUGACAUUUUUUUGGACAACAGGGUAUAAAUCGUCUUUUAACACAUUUUUUCUCUCUUUGCAGUACGAUAAAAUCCACAUUGAGGUGAGACAGUUUUCCUUCAUAUUUUUCCUUUUUAUCUCCUGAUCAAUGAGAAGCUGCAGCUACCUGAAAGGGAGACAUUUAGAUAUAUCGCUCGAUCUCGAUCUUUAUGGCUUUGUUUUUUCUGAUUCAUUGUUUGCAGCUCAGGAGUUCAUCGUUAGGGUUAAUGUCUGGUGAGUAGGCUGGCCAAUCAAGCUCAGUCGUACCAGAGCUAGCAAACCAGUUUCUGGGAGUUUUGGCGCUUGGGCAGGUGCCAGGUCCUGCUGGAAAAGGAAAUCUGUUUCUCCAUAAAGUUUCCCAGCAGAUGGAGGCAGAACAAGUUCUAAAAUCUCCUGGUAGACUUUAGGCUGCACCGACUCUGGACUUGAUAAAGCACAGUAGACUAACAGCAGCAGAUGACAUGGCACCCAAAAUCACCACACACUGUGGAAACUGCAUGCUGGACUUCAAGCACCUCGAAUUCUGGGCCUCUCAGAUCUUUCUCCAGACUUUGGGUCCGCGAUUUCUAAAUAAGAUGCAAAUUGGCUUUCAUCUAAACACAGGACUAUAUACCGCUCAGCAAUAGUCCAGUUUUUUUUCUUCUUAUCCCUAUUUAGAUAUUUUUCAGGACUGAUGGAACUGACAAAACACUGGAUUUUUUCACAAUGUUCCGAUGCUUUGAAAGAGUGAAGUUUUGAUUUUUGUGAGCUGUAAGCUGUUACCCUCAAGAUUUGAAAAAAAAAAAAAAGUCUUGAACUAUUUCCCUUUGUGUGUGUUAAAUCUAGAAUAAAUGGAACUUUUACAAUUAAAUUAUGGGAAAAAGGAACUUUUUCAGGACAGUCUAGUUUUUUUUAACACAUUUGCACACUGCAGCAUGGUCAUAGACUUUUAUCUCAUCUCUUCUUUUUUUUCGCUUCGCACUGAACAGGAUCCUAACCACAACAAGAUUGAACAGUGGUUGAAUCAAACAUCUAAUGGAAAAAUCCUGCAGCUUUCUUACUCGUUGCACUCUGAGGCCAGUGAGGGAACAUACCAUGUCACUCUGCAGAUUGGACAGGAUAAACUUCGCCACAGCUUUAAGGUGGAGAAAUAUGGUAAGUGGUGGCUUGUUUCCUUUUUAAGUCAUUUCAGAGUAUUUGAAAUAAAUUCUCUGUAUUAAUUUUCAUAUUUUGUUUGCAGUUUUGCCUAAAUUUGAAGUGACAAUAAAUGCACUGGAGAAAGUGAAUAUUGGGCAGGAAGUGGUUAAAGUUGAAGUUUGUGGGAAGUAAGUCAAACCUCCAUUCCCUCCCUGGAGUGAUCUGCAGUCGCUGUAUAACCCUGUCUAAAAACAUCUGUAUCCAUUUAUUCAGGUAUACAUACGGACAGUCUGUGCCAGGAGAAGUCCACAUUGAGAUGUGCCGACCCUUUUAUUCAUAUCUUCGCAUGGAUACAGAGGGGGUAACUGCCCCCUGUGUAAAGGAGACAAAAAAGGUACAGUUUCCAUAGCAACAGGCUCAUCCCUCUAAUGAAACCAUGUCUUUAAGAAUAUUGUAUCCUGUGUUGUAGGCGGACAAGUCUGGCUGUGCUACUUUUGACGUCAUGAUGUCCAAUUUCAAAAAUCUUGACCCUAAAUAUUUGCAAAAUUCACUGCAUCUCGUUGCCAAAGUGGAGGAGGAGGGGACAGGCAAGUUCAUAAUUUCGUCAUAUGAUAUCUGUAUGUUGAAAGGAGAGGAUAGAAAUUGUUGGUUCAAAUCUGAUAAAACUGAAAAUAGUUGUGACGUGGGGGUAUCUUCUGCAGAAAUAACACACCAGCUAGAGAAGUACAUGGAGAUUUCCUUUGUCAUUGCAAGACUGGCCUUUAUCGAAACUCCCAAGAUCUACGAGCAGGGUUCUGAUGUGGUGGGAAAAGUAAGUGCAGCUUUCAUUUACUUUAACAGUGUGAUUCACAACGUCAGGUCUGUAUGAUUACCUUUUGGGAAUAAUGAGAAACAUAAGGAGGCUAAUACAUCUUCAUUUUCUUUGUCUAAAUGUAGUUCUAGGUGUUUCAGAGUGUUAAAAAUUAGUUUGAGCAAAAAAUAAAUAAUGUAAAAGAAUUAAGUAUUUAGCAUUUAUUUAUUAGACAAUUUCACCUUGACUUGUUGGCCCUGAAAUAGACUCAGGAGUUAAUCCAAUGUUAAGGACCUAUAAGCUAUUAUCUUAUAGGUUUUACCCUGUAAAUACAUUAAAGUGAAAGGAAGUCCAGCCUAAAGCGCCUGGUGCUGGAAUUACAUUUCUCAUCAUGUCAUUUUUUUUUAACUGAUCAGGAAACUGUUUUUAUUUUAAAUUUUUAUCUGGCCUUAAAGUUGGCGUAGUUUUUGAAUGUGGAGGGAAAGCCUGAUGUUUUGGGAUUCAAAUCAACUUAAAUUACAAUAGUAUGCACGUUGAUUGAAUUUAAGUCCCAGCACUUGGUACCUUGGUAUUUUGUGGUGAUGACAAUUUAUUUGAUGGUGACGAUAGGUGAUGACAGCUUCCUGUUGAUGAAAAAAUAGAUAAUUAGAUAAUUUCUUACUCAGUGUUGUGCAGGGCCUUUUAAACAGUGUGGCAGUACCUGUGUCCAAUCGGACUUGAAGUACUUAAUUGCUCUUACUGAUCUUGUUUCCUCUUGUCUCGAUCUUUGCUUUUGUUGUUCUCGCACGUACACCGCUUUAGAUCAAAGCGUCUGCUGAAUGACAAUGGUACAUUGCAACAAGUCAAAUAUUUAGUAUUUGUGUGUCUUUGAUACCACUCACUUAUCGGCUAGUUAAGAAAUGAUCAAUGUACAACAUCUUAGAUGUGUAAUAUGUUGCAUGUGUUAUUAACAUCCCUCAUUCCAUGAGAGUCAUUCAAAGCCUAUAAAGCUCUGUAAAAUAAAGCUUAUUUAACAGAGCAACAACAGAGGACCAUCUCCCAUAUAGGAAGGGUAAUUUUCAACAGGUUAAGGACAUGCCUGGGUAUAAAAGGACAUACCAGAGGGGCUUAGUUUCUCAGAAGAAAAGAGGUUCACCACUCUGUGAGAGACUGCGUGAGAAAGGAGUUCAGCAAUUUCAGAAUAUUUCUCAGGAUAAAAUAUCCAUGAAUUUGUGGAUUUAGUCAUCUACAGUCCAGGCUGACAACUGGGACUGGCUGGCUGGCUGGAUCUUCUGCAUUAAAAACAGCCAUGACUCUGUGGUGCAAAUCACUGCAUGGGGCCAAAAUCACCUCCAAAAGUUAUUGUCUAAAAACAGUUUGCCACCACCGUAGCAAAUUAGAUUGGUGGUAUUAAUAAGGUAGAAUGGGGUAACAAUAACAAUGCAUGUCUCUGCUAAAAAAACAAAAAUCUAAUUUAAUUUGCCAAAUGUUUUAGUUAGAAAAGUCUUUUCGGAAGCAGUUUUAAAGUUUGAAAAAGGUCAAAGAGACUGGAAUGGAAAAUUGAUCUGGUCCAUAUGUCGACUCUACAUCAAACAACUGAAGUGUUGAUCACUGUGAGUGAAACAGCUCUGUGUAUCCAACAGGUCAAAGCUGUUCAUUACAAUGAUACCCCCAUCCCUGACAUGACGGUGUACCUGUUUGAGGGCAACAGGUGGGAGGCAAGUAAGAUACAGCAGCUCACAACUGACAGCAACGGUGUGGCAACUUUCAGAUACAGCACAGCUGAAUCCAAACAGCGCAUCAGCCUCUGGGUGAGUACUUAUUAUCUUUAAGCCAAUACAACACUUUUGUGGAGACUCGUAGUUGUACUUGGAUGAUUAUAUGAUCACUUUGUGUAGUGCUCCAUUAAUAGGAGGAAAAUUACAGCUUUUUACAGCUAACAUUGCCUGGACAUCCCCUGUUUAGUUUGUAAGGCGGAAGGCGUAUAGUCAGAUGAUGAUAAAACAUUACAGUUACAGAGCAUGAAAAAUAAUGGGUAUUAAUUAUCAGUCAGUAUGAUGCCUUGCCAACGUACUAAAUACAGGCACAAAGCAGUGACUGCAAUCAUUGUCACGGUUUUAUAAGUCACUUUGGUGCUAAAUUAUUCCAUUUGCAUCUCCUUCUCCCAGUAUUUUGCAUGUUCUAAUGAUCCACAUACAUUCUGCAUAUUUAUGAAGGUAAACAUGCUGAAUGGACUGUUUUGCUGACAUGACAGACGCAAUUCUCGGUGCAUCCGGUUCGUAGAUCAGCUAUCGAAUUUGCGUGUCUUUUUCUAUAUACAGACCUUUAGUAGAUCAGGCCCUUAGUGUCUUAAGACUCUCUGGUUAACAACACAAAACACUGAUAAAAAGGUUAGGUUGCAUGAAAAGAGGCUAAAUUUGCCCCACAGAAUACUUGCAAAUGUAACAGAUUUGACGUGCAGUUUGUGAUGCAUUUAACGGUUUGCUUGCAAGUUUGAUGGUAUCUUUUUGUUUUUUUGCACAGGUUUAAUGGGCACAGAGGCUUUGCGAUCUUUUUGUGAAUCAAGCCCAGAUUCACAGCAGUCAAACUGAACAGCUACCUGGACCACUAUGAGCUGAUUCAUGAUGUUUCUCCUUCCUCCACAAUGUAGGCAAGUGACAAAGAGGAGAUGGAAGGGAUGUACUCCAAUUAUCAAAGUGGACAUGUAGAGGCUGGUCAUCAUGUGGUAUCUCUGGCUCAAGAAGCUUCUCCAACAGUUACAGCAGUCAGCUCUCUGCAGGUGCAGACAAAAGAUAAACCGAUUCCCUGUGACACAGAAGAGGACAUUACUGUCAAGUACACUAUCGUCGGAGAGAAGUGGGGCUCUGCUGAUUUAAUAUAUGUGGUAAGUGGGAGAUGAACUCUAAGGGAAGAUAUUUUUUAAAUUACCUUUGUGCCAUAUUGACGUAGGUACAAGUUGUGUCACAUCUUGUUUCUGUAAUCCGGCCUGAAUCCGGCCUUUUGGGAUCAGAAUACUUCUGAUUAUUUAGGCUAAAUAUUUCUCAGUACCGCAGAGAGGUUUUAAGCAACACAAACUGGAGGCUUAUUCAAUAAAAAAACUAAAUUCUAUGACCUGAUUUUGUCAAAUGCUGUUAUCCUUUGUCUUUUCAAUAACCCAAGUCUAAGGGUUGAUGUAAGUUGAUAGCUUUAAUCCAAUCAGUUUUAUUCUGAAGACAUUGCCCCCAGUUUGGUUUAGUCAAGCCAGUGACCCUGAAGACAAAAAAAUGACUUUAAACUCCUGAAGACAGUGUUGUAAUCUGCCGAUGAAGAAACUGCAUUUCUGGUUCUUUGCCCUAAAUUCCUCAGAUCUUAUCCAGAGGAGCCAUCAUCAAACAAGGAGACUCUACGAUUCCGGUGCAACUUAAAACAGGUGGACAACAAAUGAUACCUCAUAUUAAACUUCAAAAUAAUCUUUAAAAUGCAUUUUUGUUGAUCUUGGGGGGGCAGUGACGAUUUCUUUUGGAUUCAGUUUUAGUUUGUCCAGAACUGUCUAGAACUUCUUGUGGUUGGUUUCAUUUUAUCUAUUUUCCCCCUCAUAGUUUUAGUCAACCAAAAAUCUAAUAACUUUACCAAUUUUUAGUCGUUGGAAACUUCCGCGAGGAACUCUCAGGUUUGGCGUCCCCUGUGAACAAAGCAGUCUUUGCGUAUUUUGUCCUCCGCAUGAUUGAGUAGUGAUUUUUGACAAAAAAAAAUCUUAUCCUGCUGAAUUUUGACUGUCAGAGGUAUUAUUUAUUGCAUAUAUUUCAUUUGGAAAUCAAGUCAUUGACAGUAAAAUAAGAAUUUGUUGUUGCUUGUUGCGGAAAAUUGACAAAAACACUGCACCCAUCAGAUAGCUUGGCCUGAUAAGGACUGCUGGAGGUUUCAAUGAGUGACAGAGACACUUGGAGAAGAUGUCAUGGCUAUUAAAGCAUCUCAUUCAUGAAAAAAGCAUGUAUUUGUCUUUUUUGGUUAGCCUGUCAUUGUCUAGUCUUUAUGAAAAGAAAACAACCGUCUACGAACAUUUGUUGCCACAAUUUUUAUCAAUGACAGAUACACUUUUUGGAGAUAUGUGAAUAACAAUGCUUGAUCAUCAAAUCAGUUUCUUUGUUUCAGUGACCGAAGGUCAGAUGUCCAUUAAGUUGUUGGUGUCUCCAGAGAUGGCCCCAGAGGUCCAAGUCUUAGUAUAUGCCAUCCUCCCCAGUGAGACAGUGAUCGCCCACAGUGCUGAGUUUGUCACUGAGAGAUGCUUCCGCAACAAGGUCAGUAUUGGGAGAAGAUGUAGUGAGAUAACUCUUUGGUUUAUUAUUAGUUAAUUAUCUAAUGAUUCAAAAUGAAAAAAUGAGGUCUGAACAGGACCCCAUCUCCCAACUUGAUAACUUUUCUGUCCUUCCCAGUUGCCCUCCUUCUUAGUGGGACUCUAACUUACAAACACCGUCAGUAACGAUAAUGCGUACACUGCAAACUGGAGUCUUUGUGCUGCUCAGUUUCUGAAAAUAUCUCCAGACACAUCACAUUGAUAACCUCAAACUUUCAGAAAACUUUGACAGAAGGUUUGGGAAAUACAACAGAUGGGAAGUGAAUGCAACCUUCUUUGAAGACACCAACACCAUCAAGCAGAUUUGUGUUCUUCCUGCUUUUGCUCUCCAUACAACAAACCGACUGGUGGUCAGAACAAAACUUGGGUGGAGAAAAGUUUGAAAGCUGCUGUUGACUACAGGUCUGUGCAGAGAUCUGUUCAAGAAUAUAAUAACAAAAGAUUGAUUCUAAAAUACAGCCACUGGGUUAGGUCUUGACAUCAGAUUACAUUAGGACGGGUUGCAUCCCCAGACUGUUUUCCUCAGGCAGACGAUAAUAUCCGGACCAGACACUAAAACCAAAACCUGAAACAGAGCUCCUGCUUUGUUGAUCAUAAACACUUGCCGCUGAUGUGAUUGAAGUAAAAAUCAAUGAGGAGGCAUAAAAAAACAUGUUUCUGCAUGUUAGGUGUCCCUGGAGUUUUCUCCAUCCUCAGCUGUCCCUGGAGAAGAAAACAUCCUGAAGGUGACGGCCAAUCCUGGCUCUCUGUGCGGUCUGAGUGCUGUUGAUCAGAGCGUCCUCAUAAAAGAGCCGGGGAAAACUCUGGACAUAGACAAGGUAAACGCUGAAAUCAACCACAAACAGGUAGCUCUGCUUAUAGCCAGUUUCUUUUGUUUCAAACUUGGUGCAUUUUCUACAAAGCAACCGAUCUAUGAAGGAGAUAGCUGUAGUGUAGCCACUGGUUUAGCUUGUUAUGGUUGGUAUUAGCUGUUGAUGAAGUAACAAUGUGUGCGCUUGGAUCCAAAAAUAAAUCAUCACUUAUUUCUAAGCUGCAUGUACCACCUGUCUAUCUUUUCCCGGUGAGUCUCAGGUUCACUGUAAAUAUUAAGUUGCACAGACCCCUUGUAUGAACCUGGAAAACAACGACACUUUUCUUGUGAUUUUUGUGCACUUUUGUCUCUGACAUGACUGCAUAAUGAUGCAAAUUUAUAUGAAAAAAUGACUUGAUUGCAAUGUUUCUUGAAUGGCAGACAGAAUCUUUAAAUUCUUAAAUGUGUUUCAGGUAGUCAGGGAAAAUUGGCUGAUUGGCUUUUACAGCACCAUAUCAAGUACAGGAGUCACUCAAGUUCAAAUAUUUAAUGCAGAAUGAAAAGUUAACUGCACUUAAAUUCAGAUAUCUGUUUAAUAGGAUGAAUUUUUCUGUAGUUAGCCCUCAUUUAACCUUAACUUCUUUCAUUUCAGAUAUUUGACUUGUUGCCCAUCCAAAAACUAUCCUACAUUCCAUAUGAGGCUCAAGAUCCAGAGGAGUGUUUGGUUGUGAGAUCCAGGAGAUAUGUUUCUCCUAGCAGUAUAAUAAACGAUGUAUUCAGAGUUUUCCAGGUAUUAACUUCAUAAAAACCUAUCUAUCUAUCUAUCUAUCUAUCUAUCUAUCUAUCUAUCUAUCUAUCUAUCUAUCUAUCUAUCUAUCUAUCUAUCUAUCUAUCUAUCUAUCUAUCUAUCUAUCUAUCUAUCUAUCUAUCUAUCUAUCUAUCUAUCUAUCUAUAGUUUGCCUCUUAGUGAUACCUCUAUGUUUUUGAUUAUCUAGAAUGUGGGUCUGAAGAUCAUAACAAAUUUGAACAUCAAAGUCCCCACAUGUGUGAAAUAUAACGGAAGAGAAUACUUCCAUGGUCGUGGUAACCGCAUUUUCCUCUUCUCCUUCUCCAUCAAAUACAAUAACAAUCAAUUUUCUGCUGUGUAUAUAUAUAUAUAUAUAUAUGUAUAUGUAUAUGUAUAUGUAUAUGUAUAUAUAUAUAUAUAUAUAUAUAUAUAUAUAUAUAUGUGUGUGUGUGUGUGUGUGUGUGUGUGUGUGUGUGUGUGUGUGGUGCAUCACUGCUUAGUGCCUCUGAUGGAAUAUUUGUUGGUUUCUCUUCAGAUGAUGACGGAAUCGUUGCCAUGAGUUAUGAGCUUGAAUCUGAUGUGGCUUUUGUGACAAGUGCACUUGAACCAAUAGAGACAGUUCGGACAUUCUUCCCAGAAACAUGGAUCUGGAGCCUGGUAGAAACAGGGUGAGCUUCUUCAUGGAUGUGUUUGUGAUGUGCAUGAAAUGAGGAAAGAUGUGGCUUAAAAGGUGGGAUAGGCAGGAAUCCAAUAAAGAAGCAUCUUUUUUUUGUGGUGUAUGUACAAAAAAGCUUUUUAUAUCAGUCCAUAGCUAUUAGUCAUUGAUAACAUUUCAGAAUAUAACGAUAUUACCGUGUUUUGUUGUGUCUUUGUAGUCAACAUUUUAAAAUUUCAGAGCGCUCCGCUCUUUCCAACUGUAAACAAAGCCAUUCCCUGCCUCCCCCAUUCUGAUUGGUUGAGAGGCGGACGCUUCUCCUUAGUGCUGAUUGGCAGAUGCUGCUUCCCCCGUGUUCAGGGGCCCAAACAAAGUUAGCUUGCUACAAAAUCGGACAGUAGACACCAACCAGAAAGUACAGAAAAUUGUCGAAGUAAGUACGCUUAAAAAGGAGGUAGACCACCCGGACAAGAGCUGAGAAGCCGGGUCAACAAUGAUGGGGGAUGCUUCAGGAUCUUACAGACCCUGUAACCUUUUUGCUGGACAGGUAAACCGCUUUAACAAAGUAAGCCAAGUGUCUGUAACAGAAGUGUUUCUUGUCAAAUGGGACCUGCUGCCUGUUGUAGUGCGGCUCAACUGUUUACCUUUGGUCCUGGAGUUUGUCACUUUAUCCUAGUUGUAGUCCUGCAAACAUUGAGUUUGUUGGUAGUCUGUUGGCCUUUACAGUAGCACCAAUACUGUUUACUUUCACGUUGACUGGGCCCCAUUUGUAAUUAUCUGAAGUAUUUAUCUGCAUUAUAUCUGAAUUCAAUUGGAACGAUACAAUCGAGCAGGAGCGUCUGUUUGUGGGUGGGGCUUGCUGGAGCAGAGAGGGAGGGGAGAGGAGGAGCUGAGGGCAAAACUGGUUGGGAGGGGUAGAGUUUACAUUCAAGAUUCUCCCCAAAACUGGCACUUCCUUAGAUCCUGACUACCUCACCUUUAAGCUUGACUGACCCAGAACUAGAAACCUCAAAAGGAAAAAAUACAAAUCUUGGCACAUGGUAAACCUUUUCUGUGUUUCUGCUAAUUCAGAGAGACUGGAACAAAGGAUGUGCCCCUCACCGUCCCUGACACCAUCACCACCUGGGAGACGGAGGCUUUCUGUUUGUCUCCUCAAGGUUUCGGCUUGGCUCCUCGUAAAAAGCUCACCGUCUUCCAGCCCUUCUUCCUGGAGCUUCAUCUGCCUUACUCCAUCAUCCGAGGGGAGAACUUUGAGCUGAAGGCGACUGUCUUCAACUACCUGAACAGCUGCAUCAUGGUGAUCAAUGUUUAACAUGACACAAAUAUUCAUGCCAGAGCCCUCAUAUGCUUGUAAUGACUCCACAAAGUCUUGUAGUCCCCCCCACACUCACCCAACAUGAGCACUCGUAUCUCUUCAUGCUUUAUAAAUUAGGCUGGAGUUUUUAACUGAUUUCCUAGAAUCUCCACUUGUAAACCAUAGUCUUAUUCUUAUUGUACAGGUCACUGUUACCCCAGCGCCCUCCUCAGAUUACACACUUACCCCGAGACCUGAAGACGAGUACACGACCUGUCUGUGUAGCAAUAACCGCAAGACCUUCAGGUGGACCCUGGCCCCUACUGCUUUAGGUGAGGGUCCAAACGUCAUCCACACUGCAGCAAUAAAUGGUGCCAAGAGGGAGGAACAGCUUUUCCUGUGCUCCCACUGUUACCUAAAUUCAUCUGAAGGGUGUCAGCAAGCUCCACCACCAUGAAAAAAUUGGUUUGAUACUCUUGAAAAAGUGUGAUUCAUGUUGUGUUUCUUUUCUUUUUUUUAGGGGAUGUGUCGGUUUCUGUGACCGCUGAGGCUCUUGAGUCCCAUAUCACAUGUAGCAAUGAGGUUGUGACUGUGCCAGAGAGAGGUCGUAUCGACACAGUGUCAAGAAGGCUCAAAGUAAAGGUUUGUAUCAUAUAGGACAUUAAAAAGUAAAAGAUUCUCCCUCAAGUUUGCAACCUCCACUGUUGAAAGAUUAAACCAGUGUGACAAACAUAAAAAACGCAGUUCCUGGAGUGACCACAGGUGGCUGGCUCUUAAAGUCAAGGAAUCCCCAUCAGUCCCAUUUAAAAUGCCCAGAGUUACAGCAAAACUGACCGUCAUUCAAGUCUAGUACAGAAAAUUGUUUUUGUCCUUAAAAAUGAGGCCAUUAUGAUCAGUUAUGGUGACGAGUUCCUCAUAAAUUUGCAUAAUUCAGUGUAUUGUGCUCUGGGAUGUAGGUCGUAUGAACCUCAAAAUUUUGACGAACUGUGGUCAUUUCACAGCUCGUUUCUGAAUGAGCAGCGACACAGACUUUGGACCGACGUUCAUACGAUUUACUACCUGGAGCACUGUGAUAACACUUAAUAAUGACAUAGGACUUUCCCACUCUGAGAAGUUGGCCGCUUUGGGAUGUGGGAAUACAGUUGAUUCUACCUCUGCUGGUUUCUAGCUCAAGAGUUAACAUUUCCAAUACAGUGACUAUCAUUUGUGGGCUUCAUAACGCCUCAUUACAAACCAACAAGGAACAUCUCUGUGAUUUUACAUCUAUGCUUCAUGUAGUCUUAUAAAUACUAUUUUUUCACAUCAGGCUGAAGGAAUUGAGAGGACAAUGACCUCAAACUGGCUUCUCUGUCCAAAAGGUCAGUUUGAAGAUAACUUGUCUGGCUUCAUAACCUCUUGAAAAUUGUACCAUGUUUCCACUGUGCAGUUUCUGACCAAAAAAAUCACUAAUUUUACCUUAAUGAUACUUUGUUCCUGUUCUUAUAUGUGCUUGAGUUCCUUAUAUGAGGUGUUUGUUCCCUGUUCACAGAUGAGAUUUUGACUGAGGAGACAGAAAUAGAGCUCCCUGUAAAUGUGGUUGAUGGAUCAAGUCGUGCUCUUGUUUCAGUCAUUGGUAAGAUAAUGGAUGUUCAUUGUCUGGAGAGGCUUAGCUCCAUUGAGGCAUCGUUGUUAUCUGCUUGGUCCAGGAUCAAGGAAACCUGUGGGAUCAUUUUGAACUUUAUACUCAGUUUAGAUGCACACGCGCUUUGAAUAAACCUAUGUUCCUGUGCAGGUGACAUUCUGGGCCGAGCCCUGAACAACCUGGAUGGGCUGCUGCAGAUGCCAUAUGGGUGUGGUGAGCAGAACAUGGCGCUCAUGGCCCCCAAUAUCUACAUCCUCCAAUACCUGAAAGACACAAAUCAGCUGACCCCAGCCGUCAGAGAGACGGGUAUCAGCUAUCUGGUCAACGGUGAGUCUCAGUGAAUGUAAUGAAGAAACCAGGACAGGACAGAUUAUGAGCUCUUCUGUGCACAAAAUAUGAAAUACCAGAGCAAAUUUUAAGACAUGCAUAGCACCUUUUUUGUUAUAUUCAGAAUUUGUAGUAAGUUAAAGUUCAAGGAAUAGAAUAUCAUGCAACAGUAGUGAAAUGUUUUGUGGAUUCAUGAUCACUGACAAACUAAUUACACUUUGAAUAUUGCUUGUUAGUGCAAAAAGUUAACCUGCAAGGGUCUUCUGGGAGAGAAGGAUGUAAAAGAAGUGUAAAAAGCGUAUAAAGUGUGAUUAAAAUCCAUGAGUUUACAUAAACCAGCUCUUGAAAAGCUGUCUGCUCCAUGACCACAGUGCAUGAAAUGUUUAAUAUUCUUCAUCUGCAGAGGGUCUUAAUUACAAUGUCAUACUCCUGAAGCACAUGACUCCUUUUUUCAACAGGUUACCAGGGACAGAUGAACUACAAACAUUACAAUGGUGCAUAUAGCACAUUUGGAUCAGGAACACCAAACACCUGGUAAGAACAUAUUGAUCCCCCAUCUACAGAGAAGUGUCUCUUAAUUAGUCUUUUUUGUUCUUUUGGAGAGCAGCUCUUAGUCAGAGAAGAGAAAGCAGGUUUAAUGCAUAAGAACAUACUUAAAUGGUAUUCACACAACCUCAUUGAAAGCAAUGUAAUGUAAUGAUCCAAAUUGAAGUGCCCUCUGUAGUCUUAUUAAUCUCACUUUCCAAACUCUGCAGGCUGACCACCUUUGUGAUGAGAUGCUUCUCCAAAGCACAGAAUUUCAUCUUCAUUGAUCCAGACGUCAUUAAUAAAGCCAAAGAGUGGCUGGUCAGCAAGCAGCAGAGCAGUGGGUGUUAUGAGCUGCAGGGGAACCUCUUCAACAAGGCUAUGAAGGUAAGCAGAGAGGACUGACACAGGAGGCUACCGGGGUUUCAAACUGUUACUGGAUGAGAAAAGAUAAAUGGAUGAGAAAACAUCGGAGCUGAUGUUGAUGUAAUUUAAUCAUCUCAUCUUUGUCAUGGAGAAAAAGGUCAUUGACCAACAUUUGUUAUUAUAAUUUUUGUCAAUGAGAUUAAAACGGAGAGAGACACACAAAAAAACUGAAAUUAAAACUUACAAAAAAUUACAAUGGCCAAUCACAAAUUAUGUACCAAAAGCUUAUUAGGUGAAACUCUUAAUAAAAACAAAAUGUGUUUUUUUUAACAAACUUAUGUACACUGCAUUGACCAUGCCAGUGCAGCGAUUGUCUGUAUAAAUCAAAGGGUGGUGAAUAUGUCUAAUGUUGGAACAUUGUUGUACAAAUUUUGUAAUCACAUCAAAAGUUUGUUUAUGUUUUGUUUCAGUAAUCCAGCCUGAAUAAAUCCUUCUGCUAGAUACUUUCCUGAUACUUAGGGCUAAAAUUUUCACAUUCCUCAAAAGUUUUGACACACUCGGCCUGAGAUUUAGACAUUUUUCUUAUUUUUCUUUCCCUUUCACAACCAGUUUUCAAGAUAUAAUCCAAUCCAGUUGGUUUAUUCCAAAAUGAACGUUUAUAAAUCGUUUGGCACAGAUCUCUGUUGUGUUUGUUGAGCCCAUUCCUGCAAACCUUGCCAUCUUGAAGUACACAUUAUAACUUAAACAGGACCCUGCCACAAACCAAAAUCUUUGCAUUAAAAACCAUCCAGUAAAUCAAGCUUCUGAGUGUUAUUAUUACAGUAAUGAUCAUGUCCGUUCAAUCCUCCUUCUGUACAGGGUGGUGUUUCUGAUGAGGUGACCAUCAGUGCUUACAUCACAGCUGCCUUCUUGGAGAUGAACUCCACUAUAACUGUGAGUCCACUGAGUCCAUGUUAAACCUUAUUCUGCUCCCUUACCUGCCCAGGUCUCUUUUUCCUUCUCCAUGUUUUUGUUUUUUGGAUGAAAACUCAACAGAAAAUCAACAGAUGUUCUUCUAUUUCAGGAGUCUGUCUCUAAGAGCCUCUCUUGCCUGAAGAAAAAUAUCAGUGAUCUCAGCAACACCUACGCCACAGCUCUGCAGGCGUACACCUUCACCUUGGCAGGAGACAUGGAGACCCGUGCCACGCUUUUGGCACACCUUGACAACGUGGCAAUAAAACAUGGUAAGUCAUUGUCCGUAUUGAAAUCCUUCAGUUUUCAUUCAUGACAGCCAUUUUCUAGAAAACUCAAAUGCUAGUAAAAUGAUGUAUCGGUGUGUUUCAGGUCAUGAAUGGCUGCAGUUAACUACAAGUGAAUCUCAUAUUCAGUACUUUUUUUUUAAUGUUGUCAGGAGGAUUCAUCCACUGGUCCCAGACAGCGACAGACUCUUCUUCCUCUCUGUCUGUGGAGAUCAGCUCUUACGUGCUGCUGGCCCUCCUCAGUGCCUCUCCUUCUAUUGAAGAUCUGGGUUAUGCCAACCAAAUCGUCAGAUGGCUGACCACCCAGCAGAACUAUUAUGGAGGCUUCUCUUCCACACAGGUACCAGCUGCUUUAACAGCCCAGAGCUGGAGAAACAUGCUUCCUUUGGAUAGACUUAACAUUUGAGGGCCUUGAAUUGCUUAUUUUUUAAUGAAACCCUGUUUUAUUAAAAUUCAAAUAUUAAAAUAUUCACACAUUUGUCAUUGUAAUAAUCGCCUUUAUUUUUUUUCCCUGUUUAUUUGUUUUGUAGGACACAGUGGUGGCUCUUCAGGCUCUAGCUCUGUACUCCACUCUGGUGUUUAACCCAGAGGGUUCGAGCUCUGUGACGGUCCAGUCUCCCAGUGGUCAGCUUGAUUUUGUUGUGAAUCAGGAGAACAAGCUGCUCUACCAGGAGCAACUGCUGACAGAUGUCACGGGAAAGUACAAAGUGGAAGUAAAGGGAACAACAUGUGCUUCAGUGCAGGUCAGUCGCCGUGGAAACUCAACAAAACCACUGAUGUAGUGGUUAGAGUGAUAACUCAGAGAGUUUAAAGGCCCUUACAGACCGGGACUGUUUUUUUCGUGCGAUUAUUUCGGACGUCAGAAUUUUUUUUCGUACCGAUAUCCUGUCAAUACAAGCGUUCACAUCAGUGACGUUUGCCCGUCCUGUGAAAUUUAGGCAUUUAUUUUUUCAGAUCAUGGUCGAUUUUUCCAAAGUUUCGCAUACUGUGUGUCCACUUCUGACCAAUCAGAUAGUGUGUUGUUGCGACGUCUGAUUCACUGGUACAUCCAACAUGGCCGACCGGCUGAUUGUUUGACACAAACAUUACAAAGAUAACGACCUGAAGGACAACUUGUGGUUUGUGUGCUGAAACAGUUUGCCAAAAUAGAAUUCUAAUAUUCUAUUCUAUUCUAUUCUAUUCUAUUCUAAACGUCUUUGUUUUAACUUUCAUCUGUGCUAACAUAAGCUAACGGUUGUUACCAUAGUUUCAUGUGCUUAUCUGGUACUGGCCCUGACUCAGUACAUGCUAUCAUGACAGAAAGCCAUCUCAACACUAGUGUCUAGUGUCUAAUCCUUUGCCUCUUCAUACUUGGAGCUAAUUGUUUCAGCAGAACUUCAAAUUGUCCAACGGACAUCUGAAAAUCGGUUCUGAAGCGACCGUGGUACAGUUUUAGCUCCUGAACCAAGCAGUGAAACUCACCAAGCUCUCUUCUUUUUUGUAAUAUUGGAAGCACCCAUGUGCUACGUUUCUUUUUCUUUUGAGAAAGCAAAAGAAGUACCAAUUCGCCAUCACUUGAAGUUGAAGUAGACUCAAUGUUUGUCUUCUUGCUUCCACCCCGGACCCUGUUGGAUGGUAAGGGAAGGUCCCGCCCUCCUUCGCCUCUGAUUGGCUAUAUGUGCUGACUGUUUGGCUUGAGCGUGUGAGGACGUUUCCAGCCUUUCUAUCCAAUCAGAGGUGAAGGAGGCGGGACUUUCCCAGGGAAAAGUCUUCCCCGGGAUGCCUCUUUUUCCCCCUCAGAAAGUUGCAAACCGCACCAGGCUUGAUGUGUAUAGUUAGGUGCGUCAAAAUUCGCCUCUGAAUAUUUCGUAAUUUCACGUUCCAUAUUCGCGUUGGCCUCGGUGUGUAAGGACCUUAAGUGCUCUCAGUAAAAUAAAGAUCAAACAACAUAAGCCAUAAGUAACAGCAAUUUAAGAUUAAAACAAGAUAGGAAUAAAUCCACAAAUCAAAGCAGGUUAAAAUUCACCUUUGUUGGGGUUUUUAUGAAGUGAAUGAUCAUCUUUGUCCAAUUUUUUUUCCAGAUUUCUCAUCACUACAAUAUCCUCUCUCCUCCUACGGAAACAAAUCUCAGAUUAGAUACUGUUGCCAAAGCUAACUGCGAAAGUAACAACUUCACACUGACUCUGAAAAUGAUUUGCACGUAAGUGAUCCUCAACAACAACAACAAUAACCAGCUACAAAUGACGCAGCAAUGGAGGAAUAAUAGAGCUAUGCUAAAAAACAUGUCUUAACCCUCUGCAGCUUGAACUAUUCCUAAAUCUGCACACAGAGGACAAACAGUAAUAACAGCACAGUUUACUGAGCAUGUUGAAACAUGAGAUUUCAGUGUCUGCCAGUUGACAAUAACAAUAAUAAUAAUAUUAUUAACUUUAUUUAUGUAGCACUUUUAAUAACAAGAGAUUACAAAGUGCUUUAACAUGAAGGAAAACAAAGAAGAUAAAAACAACAUAACAACAACAAGGGAACACUUGGAGGAAAUAAUGCAUUACUGGCAAUAAAGACAUAAAAUAAAAUAGAAUAAAAAUCCGUAGAAGACAUAAAAGCUUUGAUGAAUGUCACAUGAGCUGAGAGGUCAUUAAAAUGAAGACAUUAAAACAUCAUAAGAGCCCAUGAUGCCCAGCCAACACAGGAACCCAAUCACAAAAACCUGAGACCAAGGGGACUAUUAUAAAACAUGAAUAAGAAGUGUAUAAAAGGUUUUUAAGAAGACAAAAUCACAUAAAAGCAAGUCUAUAAAAAUUAGUUUUAAGAUGUGAUUUGAAAGCAGUGACUGUCUCUGCACACCUGAUCUCCGUGGGGAGGUCGUUCCAAAGUCGAAGGGCCCUGAAGGAGAAGGCCCUGUCACCUUUAGUUACAAGUCUCGACCUUGGAACAACCAGCAGGUCCCCACCCAAAGAUCUCAGGGUGUGGGCUGGCUCAUAGGGGGUGAAAAGUUCUGUUAUAUAGAUUGGAGCCAGACCCUUUACUGCCUUACAAGUAAUGAUUAAAAUCUUAAAAUCAAUUCUAAAACUAACUGGAAGCCAAUGUUAAGAUGCUAAAAUAGGGGUAAUGUGAUGUCGUCUGUGAAAACCUGCCAGAAGCAUAGCUGCUGCAUUCUGGACAAGUUGAAGGCGGGAAAGAGAUUUCUGUGUAAAACCGGGAAGAAGUGAGUUACAGUAAUCUAGGUGGGAGAAGAUAUGGGCGUUAAAGACACCACAGGGGGAUUCAAACCCGGGUCGUCCGCCUACAUGGGCUGCGCCUUAGGUUCAAGCACUGUGACAGUCCAGUCUCCCAGCUAGAGAGGGCUAGGCUACCUGCACCCCCCUAUUUUUUAUGUCGUUAAUGUGCCUAGCUCACACUGGUGCUCAUCACACAAAUCUAUUGAAACUCAAUGUAAAUGAGGGCAGCUUUAGACAAGAGCUGCUGCUGGUUUGGCCUCAUUGUUUAUUCAUCUUUGCAGAGUGAUGAAAAGUAGUCUCUUAAUGAUCCAGUUGUAGUUUUUUGACUCAAACAGAGACCCUGUUGUGUGAUAGCUCAUGAUGGGAAAAGGUGUCAGGACUAUAGACAUCCUUUUUAAGUCUUCCAGUGUGAAGUGGCUGUAGCAGCUGAUGAAGGUACAGGUGGUAUAUGUUUUAACUGGGAUAGAUACUCAUCUGCUCAAAUAUUUACUAACUUUAGACGACCCCUCUCUACAACCUUAGAUUUUAAGUGUCUAAUCAAACAACAAGGUUUCAAGAAUCAAAUCAAUGUUUUAUUGUUGUGUUACAGAUACACGGGAAAUGAGGUGGCUACAAAUAUGGUGAUCCUGGAUAUCAAAAUGCUCUCUGGAUUUGUCCCAGAGCCUCAGUCUUUGAAGAUGGUUAGUUUUUUAAAAUUAUUUUAUCCUCAGAUAUCACAACUCAUUUUUUGUAAAUUUACCUUACAGUCGUAAGUCUCUGUCUCAAUUUUCACCAGUUUGAAACCUUAUUUUAGUUUGCUCAUUGCAGUCUCAGAAAUUGAUGACACCCUCGUCACUUGAGAGCUUUGUUCUCUUAAAUUUAAAGGUGGGGUAGUCAGGAUCUGAGGAAGUGCCAGUUUUGGAGAGAAAUCUUGAAAGUAAACACUCCCCCUCCUAACCAGUUUUCCCUUCAGCUCUGCCUCUCCCCUCCAUCUUUGCUCCAGCAAGACCCGCCCACAAACAGACGCUCCUGCUCUCUCGUAUUGUUCAAAUUAAAAUCAGAUAAAUACUUCAGAUAAUUACAAAUGGAGCCCAGUCAACGUGAAAGUAAAAAGCAUUAGUGCUACUUUGAUGCCAACAGACUACCAGCAAACACAAUGUUUGCAGGACUUCUACAACUAGUACAAAGUGACAUACUCCAGGACCGAGGUAAACAGUUUAGCAGCACUACAACACGCAGCAGGUCCCGUUUGACAAGAAACACUUCUGUUACAGACACUUAGCUUACUUUGUUAAAGCGGUUUCCCUGUCCAGCAGGAAGGUUACAGGGUCCAUAAGAUCCCGAAGCAUCCCCCAGAUUCAUUGAUGUUGACCUGGCUUCUUAGCUCUUGUUCGGGUGGUCUACCUCCUUUUUAAGCGCCCGUUAUUCUGCCAGAGUCUCCGGUAGUUAGUUUGUUUUCUUGCUUGUGUUGGCAGUCUUGGCUAAAGGAAGAUUCAGACAAUUUUCUGUACUUUCUGGUUGGUUUCUACUGUCUGAUAUUGUAGCACGCUAACUUUGUUUGAGCUCAUCAACAUCUCGGGGGAGCUGCGUCUGCCUCACAACCAAUGAGGCUGGGGGAGGCGGGGAACGGCUUUGUUUACAGUCAGAAAGAGCGGAGCGCUCUGAAAUUUUAAAAUGUUGACUACACACACAGAACAAAACACGGCGAUAUUGUUAUAUUCUCAAAUGUCCUCAAUAACUAAUAGCUAUUGACUGAUAUUAAAAGCUUUUUUGUAGAUACACCACAAAAAAGAUGCUUCUUUAAUGGAUUCCGGCCUACCCCACUUUUAAGACAUCAUUGUUAAAAUUGGUUUUGAAGUGAGCUGCCAUGAAGCGAUAACAUCUUGAUGUAUUGAUGGUAUUUCAGCUGACUGUUUUUACUUACAGCUUAAAGAUGAAACUGUGGAGCGUAUUGAUCAAAAAGAUGACCACAUCCUGCUGUACAUUAAAGAGGUGAGGUGAAUUUCACUGGAUAAACCACGUUAUUGACCUCCCAUUGCGCCGGUCAGUAGACUCUCUAAUGUUUGACAGAUGGAAAGUGUCUGUGAUUGAAUAGAGUCUUGGGUCGUUUUAAAGUAGACCCAGGGUCGAUCUUCAAACAUCAUUUUGUCAUUAGGAUUUUCCAUCAGAGAAAUGUAGGACUUUGUUCAUAUUUUUCCUCUCUCUCUUUUUCCCUCUAACAGUUACGAAAAGAGGAACCCGAAGUCUUCACAUUACAGCUUCUGCAGAAGUAUUCAGUGUCGCCUUUGAAAGCAGCCCCAGUCCAGAUCUAUGACUACUACCAGCCAGGUCAAUAUGAGACUGUAUUUCAAAGACAACUUCAUAUUUCAAUAAACUCUGCUCCCCAACAGAGGUUUAAGGUGUGUCUCCUCUUUUUCUUUCAGCUGAUCAAAACGAGAAAGUUUACCGUCAUCCGUGUAUAGAGGUGACAAUACACUUCAACAUACAGAAACACCACAAGAUUCCUUUGAGAACAUUUUUUAUCCCAAACCACGAGCUUUCAUAUUCUAACCUUGCUGAGGGGCAGGAAGAGGGGAGAUUGUUGUAAACAAACUGCAGCAAACAAACUGUGAAAGCAGACUGUGUAUCUUUGAUAAAAUAUUGAUGUUUUAUUCUCUCUUUUUCAGGUUGGAGGUUAAAGUGUGGUCAGUCCUCGCCUCCUCGCUGAUGGGGGUUCGAUCUAAGAAGAAGAGCACCCCCUGUGUAAUGACUGUACAUUUGAAACAUGCUACACAUGCCCAGUCAACAAUACAUAUGGAUAACUUCACCUUUAAACAAGUCUUGUUUUUUUUUCUAUAGUAUCUGCCAGAUUUUCUAGAUUUUGUGAGCCAGUACUGUGUGAAUUAGAGGGUUGUAAACUAUGUUUUCAAUGAACUUUGAUAGCUUUCCACAGAAAAACUGUGGAAAGCUAUCAGUCAUUAUCUGGCCUGAUGUGUUGCAGGUCACUUGACAGAAAUUUUCAAAAAGUGUGUUAUAUAUUUGAUAGAAAUGAAGCCAUCUCUUCUGAUUUUUUAGCAUUGUGUUUUUUGUUUGUUUGUUUUUUUCAGAAUGAUUCAGACUCAAUGGAACAAACUAACUACAUGUAAUUACAUAACUCGUAAUACCUGACUCACUGAUCUUUAACCUCUCAUCUUUCAACCCUUUCAAAAGGGGUUUUGUGGAUAGAUUAAGCCAUCACUGUUGAAGAUUAACAAGUGACCUAUGUCCCUUACAUUAACUGCGUUUACAUUCUGUAACAACAGGUUCCUUCACCUCACUGGAAAGGUGACUCCUGUACUUAAGCUGUAUUUACAUUCAUUCAUAUAACGUAACAAAGAGCAGCGCACUGAAAGCUUCCGGAGAUCUGAUCUGAAAUCAAUACGCACAUGUAGUUUUGAGGUUGAAGGUCCUGUUAACCAUGCAUGAAAAUCUGAGUUAAGACCAACUGAAGUAUUGAUAAUAAUAGAUCAGCUACAGCCAACAAUAACGGCGGUACCUCUGUGUUCAAACUUAAAUAUUUUCCUAUUUUUUCAUGUUUUUGAUUUUCUUGCUUUUGGGAGCAUUAUAUAAAAAAGAGGUCACAUGACAUGGUCUAAACUGGUCUAAACAAAGAAAUGUGCUAUGUAGAGGAAGACCACGUUCCUCACUCUUAUAUGGAGCGGACACUGAUGAGUUUAUCCUGCUGUUCCCUAAAC